AUGAAAGGCACCAAAGGACACGCACAGGGUCCCAUAGACAAUGAUGUUGUGAUUCAUGUGGCCCUGGUCGCAGAAAGCCAGAGACUUCAGGUGUUUUUGAACACCUAUGGCAUUCAGACCCAGACGCCCCAGCAGGUGGAGCCCAUCCAGAUCUGGCCUCAGAAGGAGUUGGUCAAGGCAUACCGUUUCCUUGCCAUCAAUAAGAAGCUGGGGUUGAGUGGGCGUCCAGAGAGGCCAGUGGGCUGCAUUGGCACAUGCAAGAUUUAUCGUAUCCUGGGCAAGACGGUGGUGUGCUACCCAAUAGUGUUUGAUCUAAGUGACUUUUACUUGUCCCAAGAUGUCAUGCUGCUGAUUGAUGAUAUUAAGAAUGCCUUGCAGUUCAUCAAACAGUGCUGGAAGAUGCAGGGACGUCCUCUCUUCCUGGUUCUCAUUCGCGAGGAUAACAUCAAGGGGAGCCGCUUCAACCCAGUCCUGGACAUGCUGGCCUCAUUCAAGAAAGGCAGCAUCGGAGGGGUCAAAGUUCACGUGGACAGACUACAGACGCUGAUAUCUGGAGCAGUGGUGGAGCAGUUGGACUUCCUGCGUGUCAACGAGGCGGAAAUCCCCGAGUUUAAGAGCUUUGAGGAGUUGGAGCUGCCGAAGCACUCCAAGGUAAAGAGACAGACGAGCACGCCCAACGCCUCCGACCUGGAGCAGCAGCCGGAGAUCAACGUGGACGAGUGGCUGCAGAAGCCCACCAAUGAGAUCAUCCAGAAGUUCCAUGUGAGUAGAUCGGGGGGGGGGGAUUUUGAAUCUAAAUAUUGUUUCAUUGGCACACCAUUAUGUGAUAUGCGUGAAUACGGGACUCACUUGGGAGUCUGUCAAGAGUGUGCUUGUGUCUUUUCACCCACUAGGUCUGUUGUCCGUCUCGCUGCCAGUCUCUUAACUAAGCUAGUGGACAGCCUUGCCCCCAGUAUUACUAGUGUUUUAGUGCAUGGUAAGCAGGUGACCCUCGGCCUAUUCGGGCAAGAGGAGGAGGUGAUCUCCAACCCGCUGUCACCAGGGGUGAUCCAGGGCAUCAUCUACAGCAAGUGCUCCCCUCAGGGGGGGGAGCGGGAGGCCGUUCUGCAGCAAGAGCUGGUCAUCCAUAUCGGAUGGAUCAUCUCCAACACCCCGGAGCUGUUCAGCGGCAUGCUCAAGAUCAGAGUCGGAUGGAUUGUCCAGGCCAUGAAACAUGAGCUGAAGAUCCGGGCAGGAGACAUGCCCCCCCAGGACAUCUACCAGCUGUCCCCCAGCGACAUCAAGCAGCUUCUGCUGGAUGUCCUGCAGCCACAACACACCGGCAGGUCUUGGCUGAACAGGCGUCAGAUCGAUGGCUCUCUGAACAGAACCCCUCUGGGCUUUCAUGAUCGUGUGUGGCAGAUCCUGGAGAGGACCCCCAAUGGUUUUACGGUGGCUGGGACUUACCUCCCACAGCAACCAACACUGUCUGACAUGACCAUGUAUGAGAUGAACUUCUCCCUGCUGGUGGAGGACACACUGAAGAAAAUCGUCCUGCCUGAGUACAGACAAAUCAUAGUAGAGCUGCUGAUGGUGGUGUCCAUCGUGCUGGAGAGAAACCCGGAGCUGGAGUUCAGUGACAAGGUGGAUCUGGACGAUCUGGUCAAGCAAGCCUUUAAUGAUUUCCAGAGGGAUCGCAGCCGCUUGGAAGGCAUAGAGAAACAGGAUGGCAUGGAGGCCUUCUACAACACCCCACCGAUGGGAAAGAGAGGCACCUCCAGCUACCUGACCAAGGCUGUUAUGAUCCUUUUGCUGCAGGGGGAUGUCAAGCCCUGCAAGGACGACCCGUGCUCUGUUAGCUAGAUUUACAACGCUUUGACCCCUCAGCCCGGCCUGCUGCAGUGUAGUCUUUAAAUGGUCCGGCAAGGUCUACUGAGUAUCCAUCACAUGUAUUCAGAAGAGAACCUCUAACCUCCGCCAUCCUCCCUGCAGCAGGACUCUGCCGGCUCCUCCCUGUACUUUUUCCUUAACAGUAACAGCC